UUAUUUUCUUCUAUAUUUUUUCAGGUUACUUCUAAAUUUUUGUGAAAAUGAUAACUGAUGGAAACUUUUCGGCCUUUUUGAAGGAGCUACAGAUGGAAUGGAAGGAGGAACUAAACACAAGUCCAGAAGUAAAGAAAGCUAAGCUGGAUUUAGACUACCAUAGGAAAAAGAUACGCCAGAUGACAGAGGAGUUGAAUAACGCAGAGCAUUUUGAGAAGGAGUUGAUCGUCAAGGAGAAAAAGAUUGAGGAGAGAAUAAAACCUGUUCUGAUGAGAUUUUACGAGGGUUUAGAGCCUCCUCUCUCAAUAUCCAGACCCUUACUGCAGGAUACUGUCCAAACCCAACCCUGGGAGAAGGUGGUUUCCUUGACAAAGCGUCGAGUUGAGAUGCUGGAGUCAACUGAUCGACAAGAUCUGAUUUCUCUGAUGUGGAUUAUUCUACAGCUGAGAGAUGAAUAUGCGGAGAAACUGAAUAAGGAUGCUGUCGAGUAUCUCCAG